AUGCGUGACUCCCCGCUCGCUGCCAUAGCCCUGAACCCCUUCUUGGCCUGUAUUAACAGGAGGGCGUCCCUACAUAAACUAACCGAAGAAGAAAUGGUAGAGGGGGUCAAAAUCAAAAUCUACUACGGGAAGAAGUACCCCUUCGUAUGUAGAACAAUAGUUAACGUGCACAAGAGCCUCUGCCAAAAGGAGAACGCAACGGGAAAUGACCACUCAGCCAACGACAGGGUCAAUUUUGUGAAGGACGAAAAUGUAGAAGAAAUAAAGGUAGAGUUUGUAAGUAAGGCAAGCGCGCAAGAUCCAGACAAUUGCAUAAACACGACGGAUAAAAUAUUCGCAAAGAAUCUAGACCUAAUAUUGCAAACCAAGUUAUACCACUCCUUCUGUGAAAAUAACAAGAAAGAAGACAAACAGACAGACGUCUAUAUACAAGCGCAGUACGACGAAUGGGUAGACUACUUCAGGAACAAACAAGUGCAAAAGGAAAUACUAACGAUCUGUGACUACCUAAAUAAACACCUCCAUUUAAAUACCUUCAUAUGCGCCGACUAUUUAACCCUCUCCGAUUUGUAUGUGUACUACGAAAUGUAUAAAUAUUUUAACGUGGCCAAUUGUUACAAUGUGAAGUACUCGAAGCAGUUUAGGAAUAUCAACAGGUGGUUCAAGUUAAUCACCUGUUUAGUGAAUUACCCAGAUGCAGAGUUAAAGACAAUGCUGAAGAAGGAACUCGAAAGGAACCAAAUAAAUAUUACAAAAGAUGCAAACACCAAUCAACUGUUAAAGCAAAAAGUCGUGUGCACCUCCUACGGUGGUAAGUUGCAAAACGCAGAAAAGGGAAAUGUAGUAACGAGGUUUCCCCCAGAACCAUCAGGCUACUUACACAUCGGUCACGCCAAAGCGGCAUUUCUAAACAGCUAUUAUGCAAAUAUGUAUGAGGGAAAAAUGCUACUCCGAUUUGAUGACACGAACCCAGUUUUGGAAGACAUAAAGUUUGAAACAUCCAUCAUGGAGGAUCUAGAAAAUUUAGGAUUAAAGUAUGAAAAGAUUAGCUACUCCUCGGACUAUUUUACAACCCUAGAGGAGUACUGUAUUAAGUUAAUAAAAAUGGGAAAAGCCUACGCCGAUGACACCAGUGUGGAAGAAAUGAGGAACCAAAGAGGCGAAGGAAUCGAAUCCGUAAAUAGACAAAACUCCGUAGAACAGAAUCUACAACUGUUUGAAGAAAUGCGUAAGGGAAGUGAAGUAGGACAGAAAAAUUGCAUCCGAGCGAAAAUAGAUAUGCAGAGUAAGAACAAGUGUAUGAGGGAUCCAGUCCUAUACAGAUGCAUUGUGGAUACACCUCACCACAGACACGGGUUCAAGUUUAAGUGCUACCCGACCUACGAUUUUGCAUGCCCAAUAAUAGAUUCCAUCGAAGGAGUAACACACGCAUUGAGGACCAACGAGUAUAGUGACCGCAUAGAACAGUACAACUGGAUUAUCACAACCUUCCAGUUAAGAAAAGUGUAUAUUUACGAAUUUAGUAGAAUCUCAUUCGUCAGAACGGUUAUGUCGAAAAGGAAGUUAAAGUGGUUUGUUGAAAAUAAGGUAGUGGAUGGCUGGCUAGAUCCACGCAUGCCCACUAUCAAAGGUAUCCUCAGAAGAGGAUUAACAAAAGAAGCCCUGUUCCAAUUUAUCCUAGAACAGGGACCCUCCAAAUCGGGAAACCUCAUGCAAUGGGAUAAACUCUGGUCCAUCAACAAGCAGAUAAUCGACCCAAUCAUCCCCAGGUUUGCAGCAGUAGAUAAAAAAAAAGGAAUCAUUCUUAAAUUAACCGAUUUGACAGAAGACAUUGUCGAAAAGACGAGAGAUCUACACAUGAAAAAUAAAUCCCUUGGCACGUGCUCCAUGCUAUACACCAACCGUUUCUUUAUCGAAUUGGAAGACGCACAAACGUUCGCAGAGCAGGAAGAAAUUACCCUCAUCAAACUCGGAAAUGUGAUCAUCACCAGUAUUGUAAAAGAGAACAAUAAUGCUGAUGGAACAGACACCCCAACCAUUAAGGAAAUAAUCGGCAAGUCCAAUUUCGAUGGAGACUUCAAAACGACAAAGAAAAAAAUACAUUGGGUCCCAUACAUACCCGAAAAAUUAAUCACCUGUACGCUUUACGAAUAUGACCACUUAAUUACCGUUGACAAAUUUGAAAAUGAUAAUAAGGAAGACUGGACUAAAUUUAUUAACUCCAAUAGCAAGUACGAAACGGUGGUGUACGCCGAACCAGCUAUCACCUCCCUCAAAAUGUCGGACAGAUUUCAAUUCGAAAGAAGGGGGUACUUCAUUGUCGACAAGGUUGUGGGUAACCACCUCCAUUUAAUUAAAAUCCCCGACGGGAAGUCCAAAAACAUGUCUAUCAUCAGUUCCAAGGUGAACCCAAAAAAUCUGGCCGGCACGAAAAACAAGGCACCGGACGCAUCGGAGAAGGCCGCCAAGGGGGACCAAUCAAGCCACGCGAAGCCUUAA